AUGGUCCAUGCUGUCGACAUUGCUGCGGCUCGUUUGUGUGGUAUGCGUUGGAGGGUUGAGUUCGAGGUAGACCUGCUUACCGAUGAUUCACAAGCCACAUCGUUCUGUUGUACGUCCAGUCCGGCGGCCACUUUGUGCUACUCAGGAAAGCAUGGAAGCGGACCUGUGCCUAACUACCGUACCCAACCACACUACUCGAACGCAACAUCAACGACACUUCAGGACGACGACUGGGCAAGCCCUGUAGACGGAAGGCGGAAAGGCAGACAGGGUAGAAAAAAAGGUAGUCCGUCACUCAACGUCCUUUUCACCACCCCGCUUCACCAUCUGUUUCUUGGAGAUCCACCCCCAGAGUGUCUAGAUGCCUUGAUUGCGGCUCCCAACCUUUGCUCUUUGCUUCCCGGUCGCCUAUGA